UCUAUUAUUCCUUUUCCUAAAUUACAAUUUGGUUCCUUCCACCAGCUUCUCCCCCAAGGCAAACUUUGUUCUGGUAACACGCACAGCAUCAGAAUUCAGAGCAAUCUUGUGUGUGCGAUCGAAAGUCACCACCAUAAUUGUCGACGCAUUCUCGUUUCUCCGUCGUUUAAUUCCAUGACCCAAAACUUGUUCCAUUUCACAGUCCCAUAGCUUUUUUGUAGCUCGCAAUCCGUCGAUUCUGUGUCUUCAAGAAGAAGAAGAAGAAGAAGAAGAAGUAGCACAGAGCUAUGAUUCUACCGGUGGUGAAAUUAGGAACCCUCGCCCUCAAAACUAUAUGUAAACCCAUUGCCAAUCGGCUAAAGAAGGAGGCGGGCUUGCACCCCAAGUUCAGACAGUUGAUCGUUAGCAUUGCCCAGGCAAACCAUCAGUUUCAAACGCAAAUGCAACGACGGAUUUAUGGUCAUGCCACCAAUGUUAAGAUACGCCCCCUAAAUGAGGAGAAAGCUGUGCAGGCUGCUGCUGAUCUUCUUGGCGAACUCUUUGUAUUCACGGUUGCCGGAGCUGCCGUUAUUUUUGAGGUGCAAAGAAGCUCAAGAUCAGAAGCAAGAAAGGAAGAGCUGCGAAUACAGGAAUUACAGGCGAUGAAGCAAAGAGAUGAAGAUUUAGCCAGAGAAAUUGAGCAUCUCAAACAGAAAAUUGAAGAUGUGGAACACCUUGCAAAAGGACGAGGACUUUCUGGUCUUCUUCAUUUCAGGAAUGCUCAUACAACUGAAGAUGGAAAAGAAAAACACUCUUGAUCACAGCAAAAAUCAAAUGUGGCCCACGUUAUUAGCUGAAGAGCUAACAUUUCUCUGUCACUUUAAUCAACGGUAUUUGCCUAGUUAGGAAAAUUUUCUCCGUAUUUUAACAUCUUGAUUUUGAUUUUUAAAGGCCCGAUUUGCCACUUUAAUGGCCGACCCGGUUCCAUUGCUAGAAACGUGAUUUUGAGCUAUUUGAAUUAAAUGGUUAUUCUU